CCAUAACAUAAACGGUCAACGUUACCUGUGGGAAACGGUAGCCGGCUAACGUUAGCUGGUCGCAAUGCAAGCUUCAGGCCCAAAUAAUUAACGCAGUACAGGUGUGAACAGAGCUCCCAGCGCACCAGGUUGUGGGUGACUUCAGCCCAGCGGCGAUGGGCCUCCCACUUACCCAUGAACGCCAUGGUCCUGUUUGUGCCACAGCAGGAGGCCUGGGUGGUAGAGGAUGGGUCGCUUUCACCGGAUCUUAGAGCCGGGACUGGACUUCCUCAUUCCCAUACUUGACCGAAUUCGUUAUGUGCAAAGCCUUAAAGAGAUUGUUACUGACAUCCCCGAACAGUCAGCUGUAUCCCUAGAUAAUGUGACCCUGCAAAUCGAUGGAGUUCUUUAUUUGAGAAUCUUAGAUCCUUUUAAGGCUAGUUAUGGUGUAGAGGAUCCGGAAUAUGCUGUGACUCAGCUUGCACAAACAACAAUGCGUUCUGAACUGGGCAAACUCACACUGGAUAAAGUAUUCAGGGAAAGGCAGUCUCUUAAUUCCAACAUCGUCCACUCCAUCAACCAGGCGUCAGACGAGUGGGGAAUCCGCUGCCUGCGUUAUGAAAUCAAAGAUAUACGAGUUCCACCUCGUGUUAAAGAAUCAAUGCAGAUGCAGGUGGAGGCUGAGCGUAGGAAGAGAGCCACAGUUUUGGAGUCUGAGGGGACAUGGGAAGUGGCCAUCAAUGUUGCAGAGGGUUGCAAGCAAGCCCAAAUCCUUGCUUCUUAGGGAGAGAAGGCCGAGCUGUUAAACAAAGCUGCUGGCGAGGCCCAGGCUAUGUUAGCCAGAGCAGAUGCCAAAUCCCAGGCCAUUCGUCUGUUGUCAGAGGCUCUGGCUGAACAGAACGGAGAUGCCGCAGCCUCGCUGAGUGUUGCCGAACAGUAUGUGUCUGCUUUCUCCAACCUCGCCAAAGGGUCCAAAACUGUGCUCCUGCCUACCGACACUGGUGACGUUAGUGGAGUGGUCACACAGGCCACGACUAUUUAUAGCGCGCUAUCCAAGCCAACGUUACAAGUUGAGAGCAUAAAGACCAAGACGGAGGAACCCAGUGAAGAGCCUCCAGUCCAGUCGGCAUCAGCACAGUAACAGAGGAAAUCAUUCCUUCCCUAAAAAAGUGGAAGCAGUUUUCCACAAUUAUGGAGCACAGUGGCUCUGCUGUCUGGUGCAAAGGGCGCUCUAUCGACUGCAGGGCACAGGAUGUCAAGACUUAAGAACAGUACUUGAUAAACAGAGACGGUGCUGAGCAAGGACAGCCGGGAAAAGAGAGAGACUGAACCAUAAAUUAUGUUACUUGUGUUGGUCAGAUGUUGUAGCUGACCUAAAUCCACUAUGCUGUGAAUCGUAUCUCUGAUAAGGACAUGUAUUGUGCCCGUAUAUAGUGACAGGGUGUUUAUGGUGCAAAAACAAAACAACAGUAUCUGCUGCUUCUUAAUAGCCUCAUCACCUUUGAAUGGACAUUUAGUGGCUGUGAGCCACUGAACAUUUUAGGCCACAAUUAUGCGUAUGCACGACUCAUAUGUCUCUGUUUUCACUCAGUCUGGUUUCCUUAUCAUUGGAUCCUUAUCAUCUAUUAUCAUUUCAAAUGCAGUCAUUGUUAAUUUUUUGCAUUUUUCUACAAUGUAUAUAUCCCUCUAGAGAUUAAUUGGCUUUUGGUAGGCUUUAGUUCAAAACUUCAAAGUACUUAAGUUAAAAAAGCCUCUUAAGAACUUGGAUUUUUAGGGAGAUACAAUAUGAAUAAUUCAUUUAUUUGUUGUUGGUGUUGGAGUCGUGUGUCAGGAAAAAAUGGCCAUCAAGAAAAAGAAAGAAAGAAAAGUUUCUAUUGGACACGUCAAAGUUUGUCUCUCUGUUUCAGAGAACAGUUAUUAACUGUAUUAUGGAUAUUGCAACAGUAUGGUGUCUCCACUAAAAAAACUGAAAGCAGUUUCCUUAUUUAUAUAACCGCACAGAUUACCAGGGAGCCUGGAGCUCAGGGGGGAGUUCUCACAAUCCAGUUCAGGCUUAUAAAUUAGAGUUGGUUAUGGUGGGUUGUUCAAAUAGAGUUCCUCGUUGUCACAAAUGCACUGCUAUAAUUAGUUAAAAUAGGUGCAACUGUAUAGUUUCCCUAUCUUGAGACAUCCCAAGCCCGGCAACUUGUACAAUUCUUGCGGAUGAUUUAAAAACAAACUCUUCUAUUAUUUGGCUACUCUGCUGUGUAAAAUCUGAUACGGGUCUUUCUAAUGUUGACUGUGAUUCAACCAUUUACCUCAAAUAUUUAAACUGUAUGAGACCUGCCGGUUUCAGUUGGAUAAGUUUGAUUUUUGAGCUGGUUCACAAAGUUCAUCUGACGCAUACCGGCAUGGCAGUUAUUGCACAAACAAAUUAAUGAGUCCUGUGAAGGAAAGCAAUUAUCGCGGUUAAUUUUAAAAAGGUUUUUGCACUAAUUUUUGAUUUUGAAUAGAAUUGCAUUGGUUGUUUUAGUGUCAGAGCUUAGGAAAAUGUUUUUUGACGUUUUUCCAGCAAAAAACACAAAAUUAAACUGUUUUCUAAGAUGUUUUAUUAUAUUAGUAGCGUUUUUAUUUGGUUAUUAGGCUGUGACAGAAAGAACACCAUGCUGUAGCCUUUAUACUGAGGACCAUCCCAGAUAAUGCUGAAUGACUAAUGAAAUAGGAGAGAAACAGUGUAUUUCUUCUUCACAAAAUUGUAACUUUUUUUACUUGUAUGUGAUUUUCUCUCUGGCUUCACUUUUGCAUAGGUUUUAGCUGUCUUUGGUUUGUUGUCAGCCUCUCGUGAGGAUUGUGGUCAGUAAAUACUUUAUCACAGA